ACGCAACCCGGCGGCCUCGAACGGCCAAAUCUCGUGUGCGCUCCCGCACCGCGGGAACUAAGCGCCCGCUUCUGGCCCGCUCCCUCGGCGCAGCGGCCUGCGCGCAUGCGUGCGCGCGCGCCGCGCCUUUCCUCACGCCGCGCCUUCCGCUGCCCUGGUUACCGUUAGUGUUUGCGAAUUCCCUGCAGCACCUUCUUCGCGGGAGACCAGCGCCGCUGGACUCCGGCAGCGGUUCGAUACGCGCGCGCCUGCGUCACGUGGGCCGAGGCUCCCUCGCGGUCGCUGGCGAGCCGCUGAGCCGGGAGGAGAGGAGCUGCGGGCUACCGCUCACCCUCCCACCGCGCCCAGGGGCUGGCGCCCGGAUGAAAAUGGCGAAGUGGGGGUAGCUGGCGCGGAGCUUGAAGCUAUGGGGCGCGCAGGUGUGGCGGCCGUCGGAGCCCCCUGAGGCGGGCGCCUGGCGGUUCUCCGGGGCAGUGUGACCUGGCGACCUCGGGCUGGCGCCUAAUCGGUCAGAUCACGGGCUCCGCGGGUCUCCGAGGGCCCCACCGAGAGAAGGGGGCAAUGGAUGAACAGAGUGUGGAGAGCAUUGCUGAGGUUUUCCGGUGUUUCAUUUGCAUGGAGAAAUUGCGGGAUGCGCGCUUGUGUCCCCAUUGCUCCAAGCUCUGUUGUUUCAGCUGCAUUAGGCGCUGGCUGACAGAGCAAAGAGCCCAGUGUCCUCACUGCCGUGCUCCACUCCAGUUACGAGAACUAGUAAACUGUCGUUGGGCAGAAGAAGUAACACAGCAACUUGAUACUCUUCAACUCUGCAGUCUCACCAAACAUGAAGAAAAUGAAAAGGACAAGUGUGAAAAUCACCACGAAAAACUUAGUGUAUUUUGCUGGACUUGUAAGAAGUGUAUCUGCCACCAGUGUGCACUUUGGGGAGGAAUGCAUAGUGGACAUACCUUUAAACCUUUGGCGGAAAUUUAUGAGCAGCAUGUUACUAAAGUGAAUGAAGAAGUAGCCAAACUUCGUCGACGUCUCAUGGAACUGAUCAGCUUAGUUCAAGAAGUGGAAAGAAAUGUAGAAGCUGUAAGAAAUGCAAAAGAUGAGCGUGUUCGGGAAAUCAGAAAUGCAGUGGAGAUGAUGAUUGCACGGUUAGACACACAGCUGAAGAAUAAGCUGAUAACACUGAUGGGUCAGAAGACAUCUCUGACACAAGAAACAGAACUGUUGGAAUCCUUAGUUCAGGAAGUAGAGCAUCAGUUGCGGUCUUGUAGUAAGAGUGAGUUGAUAUCUAAGAGCUCAGAGAUCCUCAUGAUGUUUCAGCAAGUUCAUCGAAAGCCUAUGGCAUCCUUUGUUACCACUCCUGUUCCACCAGACUUUACGAGUGAAUUGGUACCAUCGUAUGAUUCGGCUACUUUUGUCUUAGAGAGUUUCAGUACUCUGCGCCAGCGAGCAGAUCCUGUUUACAGUCCACCUCUUCAAGUUUCAGGACUUUGUUGGAGGUUAAAAGUUUACCCAGAUGGAAAUGGAGUUGUUCGUGGUUACUACUUAUCUGUAUUUCUGGAACUUUCAGCUGGCUUGCCAGAAACUUCCAAAUAUGAAUAUCGUGUAGAGAUGGUUCAUCAAUCCUGCAAUGAUCCUACCAAAAAUAUCAUUCGAGAAUUUGCAUCUGACUUUGAAGUUGGAGAAUGCUGGGGUUAUAAUAGAUUUUUCCGUUUGGACUUACUUGCAAAUGAAGGAUACUUGAAUCGACAGAAUGAUACAGUGAUUUUAAGGUUUCAGGUUCGUUCACCAACUUUCUUUCAAAAAUGCCGGGACCAGCAUUGGUAUAUCAGUCAGUUGGAAGCUGCACAAACUAGCUACAUCCAACAGAUAAAUAACCUUAAAGAGAGACUUACUAUUGAGUUGUCUCGAACUCAGAAAUCAAGAGAUUUGUCACCACCAGAUAAUCAUCUUAGCCCCCAAAAUGAUGACACUCCUGAGACACGAGCUAAGAAGUCUGGAUCAUGUGCUGACAUGCUUCUCCAGGAUGCUCCUACGACAGCUUCUGUACGGGAGGUCAAGGAGGAUGAAGAAGAUGAGGAGAAGCUUCAGAAUGAAGAUUAUCAUCAUGAGCUUUCCGAUGGAGACCUGGACCUGGAUCUUGUUGGGGAAGAUGAAGCGAAUCAGCUCGAUGGCAGCAGCUCCUCUGCCAGUUCCACAGCCACAAGCAACACCGAAGAGAAUGACAUUGACGAAGAGACGAUGUCUGGAGAGAAUGACGUGGAAUACAACAACAUGGAAUUGGAAGAGGGAGAACUCAUGGAAGAUGCAGCUGCAGCAGGACCUCCAGGGGGUGACCAUGGCUAUGUGGGUGCCAGCAGCAGAAUGUCACGACGAGCACACUUGUGCUCUGCUGCCGCCAGUAGUUUAUUAGACAUCGACCCUUUAAUUUUAAUACAUCUCUUGGACCUUAAGGACCGGAGCAGUAUGGAAAAUUUGUGGGGCUUACAGCCUCGGCCCCCUGCUUCACUUCAGCCCACAGCAUCGUAUUCUCGAAAAGAUAAAGACCAAAGGAAGCAGCAGGCAAUGUGGCGAGUUCCCUCUGAUUUAAAGAUGCUGAAAAGACUCAAAACUCAAAUGGCUGAAGUUCGAUGUAAAACUGAUAUAAAGAACACACUUUCAGAAAUAAAAAGCAACAGUGCUGCGUCUGGAGACAUGCCAGCAAGCCUCCUUUCUGCUGACCAGGCAGCUCUGGCCGCAUGUGGGACCGAAAACUCCAGCAGGUUACAGGAAUUGGGAAUGGAGCUCUUGGCAAAGUCCUCAGUUGCCAGUUGUUACAUACGAAACUCCACAAAUAAGAAGAGUCAUUCACCCAAGCCUGCUCGGUCCAGUAUAGCAGGGAGUCUGUCUCUUCGAAGAGCAAUAGACUCUGGGGAAAAUAACCGUUCAAAGGGGGACUGUCAGACUCUAGCUGAAGUCUCCCCAGGAAGCUCUCAGUCUGGGAGCAGGCACAGUUCUCCCCGAGCCUUGACCCAUGUCAGUAUCAGUGACAUUCUGCCGAAGUCUGAAGAUCGGCAGUGUCAAGCUUUGGAUUCAGAUGCUGUCGUCGUUGCAGUUUUCAAUGGCAUACCUAUUGUUGAAAAAAGAAGAAAAAUGGUCACCUUGGGGACUAAUGCUAAAGGAAGUCGUCUGGAAGGAAUGCAAAUGACUGAUUUGGAAAAUAACUCGGAAACUGGGGAGCUACAGCCUGUUCUACCUGAAGGAGCUUCUGCUGCCCCAGAGGACGGAAUGAGCAGCGACAGCGACAGCGACAUCGAGUGUGACACCGAGCGCGAGGAGCGCGAGGAGCGCGCCGGCCUGGGCGGCCUCAGCGGCGCUCUCCUGGCGCAGCCCCCAGAUGAAGAUACACAUUCCAGUUUUCCUGAUGGUGAACAAAUAGGCCCUGAAGAUCUCAGCUUCAGUACUGAUGAAAACAGUGGAAGGUAAUCUGAUUUGAACUGACACUGCACCUGAUGGGUUGUUAACAUGAACUAGGCUUCAGAAAAUGGCAGAUGUGAGUGAGGUCCAUGACGGGGGUGAAGCCUCGGGAUGGUGAAAAGACUCUGGUGCUAUGGCUGGAUUCCUGUGUACGCCCUCCUUUUCAGCCAUGUGUCACAAGACUUGAGAAAAGAAGAAAUGACUUCAAAAAAGAAAAAUACUGAAAAUCUCUACUUACAUCCAAAUUUUAAAAAAUAAAAUCUGUAGAUUAACAA